GUUAAACCGAAAGUACAAACCGAAAGUAGAUUUUCUGGAAAAGGUUAUCAUUUAACUUCUUUGUGUUAGGUUUAACUAGUAUCCCAAAAGUAGAUAUUCUGGAAAACGGAUCCGCAUAACUUGAUAAGAUAACUAGACACUAUGUCAACAAGCAACAAAAUACGGGGCUAUGCUGUUGUUAUUGUAAAUGAAAAAGAGGUUGAUAAGUCCGGCUUUAAAGAACGGAAAGGUGCAUCCAAUGAUUCGGAUUUCAUUCAAGCAUCUUUCUGUAACAAACUUGGUUUUAAAUGGUUGAAUCAAAGUCAAAGUAGGGAUCUGAAAAAGUCACAGUGGAUUCAUUCCGGAGAUCCACCGAAAGAAUGCGAUUGUUUGACCUGCAAGAUUCAGAAAACAGACCAUUCAAAGUCCGAGUGUUUCCUACUAGUCAUUAGUACACACGGAAGAGAGGAAAAAGGACAACAGAUAAUCAGAUUUAGUGAUGGCAAGAAGAUUUAUCUAGCAGACGUGAUUGAUACCUUAAGUGAUGACAAAUGUCCGUCUCUUGUAGGAAUACCUAGAAUUGUGGUAUUACAAGUUUGCAGGACGAACAAUGAAUUACCGGAAGGGCAAAGAGAUGAUCAAGGGGUUGAAGUUACAGCUGGGAUAGGAGAACUCGGCAUCAAUGGUGACAAUGGCGAACCAGAACAGGGCCAAGGCGAUAACCAGGCUGGGAAUGACGAUAACCAGGCUGGGAAUGACGACUCUUCUGAAGACGAGUCUGAUGCUGAUCCUGAGGAUGACAUAUUUUAUUCAACAUGCGCCAUUCCUAAUAAUUUUCUGAUAGUGUACCCAACAACAGCUGGGAAGAGAUCUAAACGAAAUAUCAAAAAAGGUUCUUGGCUGAUAGACGAUUUAAAUAAAGUUAUUUGCAAGCAUGACUUCAAAACUGAACCAACUAUGAACUUCCUAAAAGUUCUGACCAAAACUGCUGGUCAAGUAGCUAAGCGAACAACAAAAAAGGAUAAGUUUAUGAAUUCCCCUUGUAUUGUACACAAGCUGCUAUGUCCACUAUUGUUUGCAGCACCAGAAAGCAAUGAAAUGGCAGGGCCCUCCAGCUCCGAUAUACCGGCUCUUUAAAACAAAAUAUAUUUUCAUAUUUAUAUAUAUAUAUAUACAUGUAUAAUCAUGUAUGGUAUUUAUCAGGAACGAGGAAUAACAUUAACUUUGAAUAAUGCAAUAUAAACACAUGUAUAUUUGUAGCUAAUGUCACAUUUACAAUAUUCACAUUUACAACUGUUUAUAUUCAAUAUUUUUAUAUAUGUUUUACAGUAUGUAUUUUCAUACUUAUUGUUUAUUUGUUUAUAUUUGUAACGUCUGUUAAAGUAUUUUUUGUAGAAAAUACGUAGUCAGAGAAUAUUUUUAAUCUCCAUUUGUCAUUGUUGUGCAAUAUGAUAUACUCUCUAGUCACGUGAGUUUAACUCAGUGUAGAACAUGUAAACAUAUACUCAAGUACUUAGAAUAAAACUUAUAUAUAUUUAA